CACCUCAGUUCCUCUCGAUUCGUCGCGUAGUAAAGACGUUUUCCGUCUCUAUUUUUUUUUUGUAUCUGAUAAUAAUUAUUAUCUACUGUGAUGCGAGCUAUCGAACAUGUGUAUGCGUAAAGUCUAAAUUUAGUUAAACGUUAUUUAUAAAUUUACUUGAUAUAAUGUACGUUUCGAACUAGUGAGUGAAUAAUUUGAUUACAAAGCGGAUAAAUAACGUUGAAACAGUUAAACAGUGCGAUGAUAAAAUGGAGAGGAAAUUGACAAGGGAAGAUUUUAUGAGAAAGAGUUUUCGGGCGCCCAGAGUUUCGCCCGCUCCAGACAGCCAAGAGUCGGCUUUGAACGGUGCUCCUCCUCCUUCACCGGUCUCUUUAGCGAUGCUGGAAAGAACUGCUCAGCCGCAGCGAACUCAGUACGAGGUGACGUCAACUGGGAUCGCUCCUAAACGUCUUGAGAUCAGUCGCGCUCAUCCGAUACAUUUGAAAUCGUUCCAAGCCCCCGAUCCGCCGGACGACAAUGCGCCAACUCCGCCCUCCGACGAUGUGCUUCGUAAGCUGGAGAGACAAAUUGGCGAAAUGGAGCGCGGCUUGGAACGAGCUCAAAACGGAAACGUAACGGUCGACGAGAGAGUCAGAUACGCUGAGCACGAGAAUCUUUUGCGGACCGGCGUGUCUUCGGUCGGCGGAGGAGGCUAUCUACCAGCGGAUUCCGACACAGAACACGACGGAGCACCGUUCAGUAGAAACGAAACGACCAGGAGCAGUACGGGGGGAGCUACCCCGGCAGCCCGGCCGGCCACGCGUCUGUCCAGAACCAAUUCCGACACCCAACAACAUUCGGUGGCCUCUACCGUCCGCCUCAUGAGGAAGCUAGCCGACGGUGGUACUAAAGAUGAAAAGGCGAAGGUCAUUUCGCGCAAGGCGAUCCAGGCUAAAAUGGAACGCGUCAAGAAUUCCGUUGUAGGGACGAAACACGAGCAUAGGGUGCUGGCCGAGCACAGGGCAGACCCGUCGGCGUCCAGAACGCCCGCGUCUCCGAUCUCACCACGCACAUCACAGAGCGCGUCGGAAUCGUCGGCGGGCGCCGGCGGAGGGACCUCUGGCGGCAGCACCAGGGUUUCGUCGAGGUCACGGACUUCGGAGGAACCUCACAUCGGAAAGUACAAGCUACUAAAAACGAUUGGUAAGGGUAACUUCGCGAAAGUGAAACUGGCGAAGCACGUUCCCACCGGCAAGGAGGUGGCUAUCAAAAUUAUAGACAAGACGCAGCUCAAUCCGGGCUCGCUGCAGAAAUUAUUCAGAGAGGUGCGAAUAAUGAAAAUGCUUGAUCAUCCGAACAUUGUGAAGCUCUUCCAAGUUAUAGAGACUGAAAAGACACUUUACCUGGUCAUGGAAUAUGCUUCGGGUGGAGAGGUGUUCGACUAUUUAGUGCUACACGGCCGCAUGAAGGAGAAGGAGGCCCGUGCUAAGUUCAGGCAGAUAGUUUCGGCCGUCCAAUACUGCCACCAGAAACGGAUCAUACAUAGGGAUCUCAAGGCCGAGAAUCUUUUAUUAGACGGCGAGAUGAACAUUAAGAUUGCCGAUUUCGGUUUCUCUAACGAGUUCACGCCGGGAGCGAAGCUGGACACCUUCUGUGGCAGUCCGCCCUAUGCAGCCCCUGAACUGUUCCAAGGCAAGAAAUACGACGGUCCCGAGGUCGACGUGUGGUCUCUGGGCGUGAUCCUCUACACGCUGGUCUCCGGCUCGCUGCCCUUCGACGGCUCCACGCUCCGGGAGCUACGCGAGAGGGUGCUGCGAGGGAAAUACAGAAUACCGUUCUACAUGUCAACGGACUGCGAGAAUCUUUUAAAGAAAUUCCUCGUCCUGAAUCCUGCGAAGCGUGCGUCCCUAGAGAGCAUAAUGCGAGACAAAUGGAUGAACACCGGAUACGAGGAGGACGAACUCAGGCCCUACGUCGAGCCGCAGCAGGACUUCAAGGACCACAAGCGGAUAGAGGCGUUAGUCUGCCUGGGCUACAACAGACAAGAGAUUGAAUACUCCCUGGCUGAAGCGAAAUACGAUGACGUAUUCGCCACAUACUUACUGCUCGGAAGGAAAAGUACCGAUCCGGAGUCCGAUGGCAGUCGCUCGGGCUCGUCUCUGUCCCUACGGACGUCGGCCGCCGCCAACCAGACCCAGCAGCAGCAGCAGACCAACUCGCACGCAGGGUCGGGCUCGCCGUCGCACCGCGGCGUGCAGCGCUCCAUCUCGGCGAGUGCGAGGCCUCAGCCCUCGCGCCGAGCCUCCUCCGGCGCUGAGGUCCUCAGGACCCAAGUUGGUACGACGACGACCGCGUCAAACAGUACGACUUCAACGGCGACCACUACCGCUUCUAAUUUCAAAAGACAGAACACAAUCGACUCGGCGUCGAUCAAAGAAAACACAGCACGGAUCGCUCAAAUGCAAGUACAAAGCACGACUCGUCCGACUAGCGCCCAGCCCAAGCUAGAGCCGCGGUCUCGCACGUUGACGGGUGGUGCGCGGCGCUCCCACGCCAACUACGAGCCGCCCGCGCACGCGCCCAAGCUGUCGCCGCCGCACGAUGCGCCCAGCGCGGUGGUGCAAGAGACGAAGGGCGGCGGCGGAGGAGGAGGCGUUGGGGGAGGAGGUGGUGCGAACGGCGGGGGCGGGGGCGGGGCGAAGACGCACGUGAAGAGCGCGUCCGUGUCGUCCGCCAGCGGAGUCCCCCCGGCGUCCGAGCCCGCGCACCAUAACGCGUCGGCGCGCGACCUGGCGCAACCGCGGCCCAGUUUGAACACGCAGUUGACAGUGACUGGCGCCAGUACUGGCACCGGCUCGGCUGCGAGUGCGGCCAGACGCGAGUUCCCCAACCAGCUCGUCUUCCCCAGGAACGUACCUUCGCGCUCCACCUUCCACUCAGGGCAGACGCGGUCGCGCGGGGCGGGCGGCGCGGCGGGGUACGGGGAGGGUGGCUCCCCGCACCAACCACGGCCCUCAUUCUUCUCCAAACUGUCCUCGCGGUUCUCUAAACGGUUAAAUCAGAAUCCGUGAAGUGACGCCGCCAAGAUGGAUCCAGCACUAUACAUUACGGAGGAGAUCAUAGUUCAUUAAGACAAUUAAUAAGAUUACACGAUGAAGAUUCAAUAUCGAUUCGAACGUAAUCGAUAUUACGAUAUAAAUAUAUAUUAUCUGUUUAAUAUAUAUAUACAUAUUUGUGUUUUGUUCAAUCAACCGAAUGAAUAAAUAAAUAAAAAUAAUUUGCAUAAAUGUUUAUGUAUAAUGAUGACGUAGUUAAAUUUAUAACGAAUUUUUUUCUUUCUUUUUUGCUUUUCCCUUGUGAUUCAAUAAAGCGAAAUUCUGUAAUUUAAGUUUAAUGACGUUUGUAAAAUUUGUUCAACUCUGAAAGUAAUUGAAAAAAAAAAGUUUAAUAAGAAAAAUGGCGACGACUUUUCCUACUAAGCGUUAUUUUACAGAUGAGCGAUUUAAAAAUGUCAAUGUAAUCCUUUUUUUUACUAGUUUUUGGGCAAGAGAAAUUAAUUUAGACUGCCUACUUCAAAAAAUAAUGUCGUUUCUUUUUUCUUUUUUCUCACUCGAUUCGCUUUUAUUUUAAUUAAGAAGACUAUAAAAAUUAUCAUUUAUGAAUCAUUGUUUUGAAUUUUUCACUCAUUAACAUUUCAAACAUAUUGAUUGUUUAACGUUGAGACAUUCGCAGCGUUUCCGAAAAAUAUAUCAAAUAUCUUAAUAUCUAAUAAUAUAAUAGUUAAAUUUAUAAUGGAAAUUUGUACUAUAUUCUGUAAAAUAACAUUAGCGGGAAGCUAGUCACGUCGCCCGUUGCAUUUUCAUUAUGAUUAGUUGUUAAGGACUCAUAAUUAGUUCGUUUCUUCAUUUACCAUAUCGACGCUUGAAAGGCAAACGUGACUAAGCGACAAUGCGUGAACUUUCCAGUAGACUAAUUUAAAGUCGAAAUACCUGAAAACAAAAUUUAUUUUAACGAAUCCAGCCGUAGUAGAAUCUAGCGAGUAGCUGUAGGAUUGAAAUGAUUUUAAUAGACCUAGAAAUAUAUAUAUUUUUUGCGCAUCGAAUAUGGUUAUUGCCUAUCAUUUAUGUACAAAGCAGUUAUUGUCGCUUAGUCGCGUUUGCCUUUCAAGCGUCGAUACGUAUUUACAAACAUUCCAUUUGUCCGAAUCUGAUUUUUUAUUUUCAUUAAAGCACAAAUUCUACCCGCGCAAGCGACGCCUUAAAUCUACCCGCAGUUUAUUUUACGUGUGAAAACAUUUCAAACGACUGAAAUAUUUUUUAUAUUAUCAUGUAUUGUAUAAGCAUAUUCAGUGUUUAUCUUAAAAUGGGCCAUUUUGGCUAAAAAAAUUUUUUAUUUCUAAUAAAUAAAUCGAUUACGUAUAAAAUUUGUUUAGAAAAAAAAAGACAGUGUUUUUUAUCGAUAAUAAAACAAUUUUCUGCCUUUCGUCGUGUUUCAAUGUACAAAAGAACAAGGUCCGCGAUUUAUUAUAGUGAUGUUGUUAAGGCGAGAGAGUGAGAUCGUUAGUAGAUAGUUAAAAAGUAAUUUAAAAAAAAAUAUAUAUAGUCGAUAAAACUCAGCCCAUCCCUAAGCUAGGGACGUACUCAGUAGCCGAUAUCACCGUGUAAGGUAGCUGUUAUAUAAAUUAUUUUGUAUGAAAACAAAAUUUUAUAACGAAAUAUUAUAGAAGACAUAUUUUUCUCGUUAAUUUUUUUUUGUCAUAGAAAUAUAGAUUAUACUGGUAUGUAAAGAUGUUGUUGAUUUAUUAAAAUCUUCAAAUUUUCGAGUCGAUAAUAUUGUCAAGGUUAACUUCUCAAAUUCAUAGACGACUUGCCACAGAUUAAAAACAAAAGUAUAAAUACUACGUCACUUCAAAGUUAUUUGUCGAAACACGCCAUCUGUCGUCGAUUGAUGGUACUAUGAAGUGUCAAAAGCUGAAAGCAUUGCUUCUCUCACAUGAGCACAUGGAAUAACACGUAGGGCAUCUCGUGAGCACGCACGGAUGGGUGCCACGGUCCCGCUUGCAUUUGCCGCGAAGCUCUUAACCUGAGCAGUUAAACUGAGACCCCAAUCAAGUGACUCAAAAUUAGUGAUAGUAUUCACGUGGUAUUAUCUAUGAUGGACUCCGGUAAUCACUUAUCACCGAUUAUCCACAUAUUGAUUCAAUAAAAAAUAUGUAAAAAAAUAUAUCGGAAUUCUUAAUUUUUAUAUGUUAAAAUAAAAAUAGGUCUGUGACGUAAAUUAAAAUUAAUUAUUCAAAAUUACAUUAAAUAAAGUUUGUUAUAUCUGCAUAUGUUUUGAUAAGUUAUCAACAUUAUUGAAAUUCGAUUUGAAACCUCAUUGUAAGAUCCCGAUUUCUUGUAAUUAUUAAAUUAAAACAAACAAAACGUUAACACAUCUUUACGUAUCGGUGGUUUAGUACAAUUCGUAAUAUUUAAUGCAAGCGAGUAACAUUGAAAAAACAUUUUCAUGAAAUACAACAUACCUAUGUACAGAUAACUUUCCUAUAACAAGGUAAUUUUACAACGCGGUUCUACUCUUAACGCGAAAAGAAAAAAAUCCCCUAAACCCUAUUAUUAUAACACGAUAAUGAGAUGUUUAUUUAAUAUUUUAAAAUUUACUGGUGGUGGGACCUCUUGGGAGUCCGCACGGGUAGGUACCACCGCCCCGUCUAUUUCGGCCGUGAAGCAGUAAUGCGUUUCGGCUUGAAGGGCGGGGCAGCCGUUGUAAAUAUACUGAGACCUUAGAACUUAUAUCUCAAGGUGGGUGGCGCAUUUACGUUGUAAAUGUCUAAGGGCUCCAGUGACCACUUAACACCAGGUGGACUGUGAGCUCGUCCCAUCUAUGCAGUAAAAAAAAUUUAGAAAAUUACAUUAUGCACUAUGAACACACAAUAUAUGGAAAUAACCGAUAUUUUAUUCCUUAUUUUUUAUGUAUAAUGGUAAAAAAUACAUACAAGCAUAGUUGAGAUGUUUCAUUCGUAAAAAAAUUACUCGUCUCUCUCUAGUUUUAUAUAACGCGGUUUCAUACAGCACGGGACUUUGUAGGGACGUAUCUAUCGCGUUAUAGGAAGGUUACCUGUAUACAUAUAAUUUUGUAUAAGUAUGUCGUGUGAUUAAUGAUUCAAACGUAUUGUUUGUAAUGUAAUGUGAGCGAGUUCGGAUCUAUCCUUUGUAAAUUUAUAUAGUUACAUGUGAGUUUAAAUCUUGUUUAUAUUAUAUAAUAUAUAAACGCGUCUUAUCCGCGUUAUCAAUUGUGGAAGCUUUAUAAACCUGUUAUCAGAAUAAAUCCGUAUUGCUAUUCACAUGGUCUUAAUGUUAAGUCUUUAAUGAAAGGUUUUCUUAUCAGAGGUAUAUAAAGCUCCCAAUAACUUAUCGCGUGUGAGACUUAUUAUGUGUAUUUUUCUUAUGUAAAUAUGUUAUCGGAUUUGUGAAGACAUUGUUUGUCGAAUGGAGGAAUGGUUCCGCUUCACCACGACCUCUUCGAGUAGAAUGAAAUUGGAUUCACUUUGAAUGUUUCAAUUUUGUAUUCCAUUGACGCGUCAGUAGUGGUUAACGGGGCCCAUGGACACAAUAUAACCGUAAUGUACGUUGCAGAAUUGGCGUUCUAUAUUUAGAAUUAGGUGUCUUUAAAUAUUAUCUCUAAACAUUUUGGUUUAGAGAUCGGAAGUCCAAGAGAACACAAUGCUUGGUGUUAAUGUUUAGAAAAGUAUAGAAUACGACCACGCCUCUAUUAUCAAGUGCAUAAAGUCUCUUGUUGUAUAACACUGUUCGACUUAUUUCCUACCAGCGUAAAUGUGUUCUAAUAUCUUCGCGAUUAAACUCAAAUCUCAUUGAUAAAAAAAUUUAUUAUAAUCUGUAAAGUCGAUUUACGGGCGAUAAUUUUACGCGAUAAGGAACUGCUAGCGCUGACGUCACGCGAGAAGAGAGAUAAAUGUGUCACAAGCCAACGCUUGGGCAGAUCGUGUCUCUCUAUCGCAUGUUUCGCGCUCUCGCUCGCACACUCAGGCGGAACAUGACACCUUUUCGCGCGUGCAGCCAGUUUUCAUUGAUUUAUAAGAGGUUGUUGCCACGUCAAAAAUCGUAUUUUACGUCCAUUACGUUGUUCAUACUGAAACAACAUUCAAAACAAGAGCUUAAUGUGGAUGUUGAGUUCGUCGUAGACUUAGCCCCAAAUGACGUCACACGUAAUGAAGUCGUCUCGAUAAUUUGAGUGUUGCCCGAGCCUGUUUUGACAAAUCCGCUAGACUUAGCCCCAAAUGACGUCACACGUAAUGAAGCUGUCUCGAUAAUUUCAGUGCUGUCCGAUUCUGUUUUGACAAAUCCGCUUAUUAUUAUUAUUAUAUUUCAUUUAAAAGACGAUCUGAUGUUACAAAAAGUAUUUUAUAAUAAUUUAGAAUAGAAUUUUUAAGUUUUUUUUAUAUUGUUUUUUUUAUUAUUAUUAUAUUAAAAUUUUCAGCUACGUAUGCACACUUCUAGAUCGUCUUGUAUUUCUAUAUUAUAUGCUUUGCUCAACGUUUACUGGUGUAUUUAACGACAACGUAUAUAAAUGAAUAAUAAUAUGCAAUUUCGAAAAGGGCACAACUCUGAAAAUGUAAAAUGUUCAGGAAAUGAAAAAAACUAAUUAUUUUCUGAAGCAGUGUAAAAUUUAAAAUAAUAACUUUUGAGAUAAAUUUUAGUGUUAAUUAGCAAUUGAAAAUUACUGGAAUUAUUAUAAAAUGAGUGUGUAGGUAAACCUCAAAACUACAUGACGUAUAUAAAAAAAUGUAUUAGACAAAAUAUGCGACAUGUGCCCUUUCCGAAAUUGCAUAUUCAAAUGUAAUUUACGUAUGUAACAAUUGUGUAUGUAUUUACGAUAAGGACUUUGGAUUGGCGCGAAGGAUUUUCCCAAAAAAAAGGAGAAAAAAAUACACUACGGUAUUUAAUUAUACUGUGCGCGUGUUAUUUCAAGAAAAUGUAUGUAAUUAUUGUGUGUUUAGGUGCUGUUUGUUAUGAGUGUGUCAGGAUAUUUUAGGAAAGGAUAUUUUUUUGACAUGCAUUUAAAAAAAAAUACAAUAGGAGAGAUUUUUUUUUUAUUGUUUCUUUUUUUUUUUUCGUUCACGGUAUAAUUUCGUUAAAUCUGAUUCAAUUGUUUGAGCAGUUAAAGCAAUAUCGCCUCAUUAAGGAUUUCCAAUGAAUAUAUACUUAUUACGAGUAUAAUAUUAAUAUACUAGGUACAUAAUAUAUAUUAACCUAAUAACCGAUACAAUAAUGGUUAUGUAUCGCACAGGAAGUGCAAAGACUUUUUUUUGUAUAUUUUUUUUUUUUCAAUUCCCUAUGCGCAUUUUUUUUUUUUUCAUUACAUUUAAUGUAUGUACGUGUUACGCUAUUUGCUUUAGGAAAAAUGCAAUACAUUCUACGGAUAGGAUUUUGAAAACUGUAUUAUUAAUAUUUUAUAAUUUAUAGGCGAUGUAUUGUUUUUUUUUUUUUCGUAUUUUUCUACUUGUAAUAAAUAAAAGGUUCUAUAAAAAUAAAUAUACAUAUAUUUUUUUUUAAUUUAAUUAGAUAAACAUUUACAAUCUGUGUAAAAUGUAUUUUUUUUUGGAACGAAUGUGUUGCGCUUCUCUUAAUAAUAAUAAUAAUAAUCAGUUUUUUUUUUCAAUAACAA